AUGCAAGCCCUGCUGCUGCUGGCAACAGCCUCGGUGUGCGCAGCCUACAUCGAGCCCUCCAACUCGCCGCCCGGCGGCCUGGACGUUGCCAACACCCCUCAGUUCAUCCUCUUCACGCACGACGAUGCGGUGCUGAGCUCCACCCACGAACUGAUGAAGUCGGUGACAGACGGGCGCUCGUUCAGCGGCUGCCCCGCCACCGCCACCUUGUUUGUGGCGACGCAGAUCGGCAACGACUGCGACCUAAUGAUGGACCUCUACAACUCUGGCUACGAGGUGGCUGACCACACGCAGACCCACGAAACGCUCAAGGGCCUGAAGGAGUCGAAGCUGGAGGAGGAGGUGCUGGGGGCGCGGUCCGACCUGGUGGCCUGCGGCGUGCCCCAAGGCGACGUGGCCGGCAUGCGCGCCCCCUUCCUCAACUCCGACGCCGCGGUGCGCCAGGUGCUCAGCGAGAACGGCUUCCUGUACGACAGCUCUCUGAUUGAGGAGGGCAAGGGCGCCAGCCUGUCCAAAGGCAUGGGCGACCGCGUGUGGCCCUUCCAGAUGGAUGGCGGCGUACCCAUCAACUGCGACUGGUUUGGCGACUCCCAGCAGUGCAGCACCUCUGAGAGCUGGCCCGGCUUGUUUGAAGUGCCAGUGUGGCAGCUGCUGAACGACGACGGCGUCUGGUCCAUGGAUUACGGCCAGAGCCCCAGCGCCGACGCGUACCGCGUGCUCAAGAACGCUUUUGAUGCCGCCUACUCCGGCAACCGCGCCCCGCUGCCCAUCUUCAUCCACACGCCCUGGCUGGAGGAGCACGCCGGGGAUGUGAAGCGAUUCCUGGGUGAGGCUGCUGCAAGGGGUGGCGGCGGCAGCGGCGGCGGCGGCGUGUGCGAGGACGAGGUGUCUGACCCCGAGGCGUACCCCAAUGUGUACAUGGUCACCAUCCGCCAGCUGCUGGCCUGGAUGCAGAAUCCCGUCCCCGCAGACCAGCUCACGCCAGAGGCGCUGGGCUGCGGCCUGCCCGGCGGCGCCCCCGGCACCGGCGGCGCCAGCGGCGGCCGGACCGACACCGCCUCCCCGCCGCCGCCCGACGGGUCGCAGCAGCAGACCGCAGCCGGCGGCAGCGGCGAGGACGGCGGCGAGGGCGGCGUGAGCACCUACGCCGGCGACGGCAGCAGCGAGCCAGUGCCGGAGCAGCCUCGCUCGGCGGCCGAUGCGCUCGCAGAGCUGGGGUUCAAGCUGAACCGAAAGAUGCGGGCGGCAGCAGCACCCCCCGUGCAAGCGUUGGCGCUGGGCUGGGUUGCAGCGGGCGCGGCGCUGGGAGGCUUGUUUGUGGGCCUGCUGGUCGCCAAGUGGGCCCAGAACCACUUUCGGAACGAGUUCGAUGAGAAGAAGUCGACGAUCGAGAACGCGCUUCUGCGGGCCAAGGUCGAGGAGCUGCAGCAGAUGGUGGGCAAGUAUGAGCCCCUCGCCUACAAGAGCAUGCGGCUGCGGUUCACCCGGGGCGUGAACAAGGCUGUCAUCCUGGGCCUGGUGGAUGAGCUGCUGAGCAAGAAGGAAGUCAACAUCUGGUGGCUGCCCGACUCCCUGGAGCGCAUCUUCUACGUCAACAUCAUCUCCCUCUUGCUCUCCGUGCUGGACGAGGUGGUGGAGGGCAUGAGCGUGAACUUCGCGGGGCACAACGUGAAGCUGCAGCUGACUUACCUCGACCUGGAUGGCGAGCCUGGCAGCCAGAAGGUCCCCAAGCUGGAGCUGCUGCCCGCCUCGUGA